AUGGGCAGUGACCUGAGCCGGCCUCGCCCUCGGCUGCCCUCCUCUUCUCUGUUGGGUGGGGACCGGCCCGAGACAACUGAGAGCCUCGGGCCCGGGCCCGCUCACCCCGCCCGCGGUGUUCCCUGGGGUGGCCGGGUUCACUCGGCGGCCUCGACCCUGGACGUAGCUCGCAGGCUGUCCUAUGAGGAUCUUGUGGCUUCACCACGUCGUCGUCUGCGGCGACACCGUCGGCGGUUUGCCAUAAUCCAUCGGCGGCAAUACUCAAUCCAGCAGGCCCGGUGUUUAUUUCUGGGGGUCUUUUCCUCUGUGCCCCAGACCGGCCAUCCGAAGCCAGUGCUGUCUGCUUGCGGCUCCAAGAUGUUCUGCACCUCAGUGAUCCCGAAGAUGGCAUCCGCUAAGGGCAAACUGAUGCUCUGUUUGGCUCUGAAGCAGACAGUCAUCCGUAUGUGGUCUUCACUGUCUGGUUACCUCACAAAUCUGUGUGUAAGGGAGACCUUGGUGAGGGCCCUUGAAGAGAAUGGUCAAGUGAGAGCCAAGGCAGAGAAGGACCUGACCUCCUUGGUCGAGAGCAGGGAAGGGCCGGCAAAGUCAGAGGAAGGGAACCCAGGCCGGGAGAGGCAGGAUGAUCUGAGAAAGGGCGUCGAGGGCAGCCGGAGCGUGCAGUCAGCGUUUAGGCAGCUGAUGGUCAACGGAGUCCUCUCUUCCUUUGUGCCCAGGCCUGGGCCUCUGAAGAGAGACUUCUGUUCCACGAGCUUAGAAGAGAGCCUGAUUAAGAAAUCCCACACCUGCUUUUUGAGCUCCUGCAGCAAACGCAAUGCCAUCACGAGUUCUUACAGCUCGACUCGAGGUUUCCCAUCACCGCAGAGAUGCUGUCGAGGCGCUACCAGGAUCUGGGGCCCAGCCUCAUCCCAGCCCCGGCUGCCCACGAAGAAAGCCAGCGAGGAGAGCUAUCAUUCUAGCUCUUCAGCCUCAGCAGAACCACAAAGGAAGAUCAGGAAUGAAAAGGCUGCAGAUGAACCUUCUGGGCAGAAGCAAAGUUUGAGGAAUUGCUCACCUGCAUCUGACAGUUCCAGGCCCCGGAAGCGCAAGAUUCCUCUAUUGCUGUCGUCGAGGCGAAGUGACCCACUGAUCCUGCCUCCACCGCCCCAGCUAAGUUAUCAAGUCACCGCUGAAGACCUUGACUUAGAGAAGAGAGCUGCAAUCCAGUGGAUCAACAAGGUCUUAGAAGGGUAA